AUGGCGAGUGACGAGACUACACCACUUCUCCCCCAAAAGGGGGAUGGUAAAGGACGAGUAAGAAACUGGUUAUCGAGAGCUUUCAGCGUCGAGAAUCGUAUUUUGCUUGCGGGGUUUCUUAUCACGUUAUCGUUCAGUUUUACCCAAGUUCCGUGCAGUCGUGACGAGAUUGCGGCUGGAACGGCAACUCAAUACAGUAUUCUUGGCAUGUCUACUACCUUUUGCGGAACGUUGAACCUUUUUGUUGCGGGCUGGACAUCGAAAAAGUUCGGCCCCCGAGCGGCGCUUUUGUGUCAGAUUCUCAUCCCAGCAGCUCGCGUGGUCACACAAAUCUUGGGAGUCGUGGCAGGUGGAGAAAAAGGAAUGAUCAUCAUUCAAGCGACUCAAUUGAUUACAAUUCUAGGCGGUCCAGCUGGGUACAUUCUUGUUGUCAACGUCAUUGCUGGAGAAGUUGUCGAGCCGAUCAGAAGGACAGCAGUAUUUGGACAGCUACAAGGCGCCAUCAUGUUGGGGCAAGCAAUUGGUUAUCUAAGCGGUGGUAUGAUAGGUGACGCGAUCGACAUCCGAGCUCCUUUCGACGUUGCGUUCAUCUCCUUCAUCCUCGCGGGUAUUUACGUCUGGCUCGCCUUACCAUAUAUCUCACCCGAUUUAAUGUCCAAUGGGGGCAAAAACGGUCAAAAAGGCGUCUCUGGUUUUCUCGCGCCUCUCAAAAUCCUCACACCGCAGAAAUUACGCCUCGCAGACGGAAGAGUCAAGAAGCAUUUCGGCGUCAUCUUCCUCUGCAGUGGCAUAUUCGUUUCCGUGCUCGCAACUGGUUAUGCACCCCUUCUCAUCCAGAUGUAUGCGACAGCGGCGUUCAACUUUAGCCAGGGUGAUAACGGCUGGCUCAUGUCGGAGUUUGCGUUCAUGAGAAGCUUCUUCCUGAUUCUGCUGUUCCCGAGGAUCAUCGCUUGGGGACGAGGUCGUGUUAUCAGAUCUGAACCAAACAGCGAUGAUGAAGCGGAGCCGGGGCAUAUUCCAACGGAGGCUGGGGAGUUUGAUGCUACGUUGGGGGAGCAGGCUGAUCAUGAGCCGUACGAGGCGGUCAGUCGCACCAAAGAGGACGAGGGAUGUCUCUUUGAUCUUGUCUUUCUCAGAUGGAGCUUGUUAGUCGAUGGUCUGCUUACUACAGUUGCCGCUUUCGCGACUAAGCCGUGGCAUAUCUACCUUGCUGCGUUUCUUCUCCCAUUCGGCUCCGGAUCGGCGCCAGCAGCAAAAGGUGUUAUUACACAGAUGUGUCCCGACUCUCAGCGCGCCGAUGCUCUCAACGCUGUUACGCUGGUCGAGAACGUAGCACGGCUGGCUACCCAAGGCUUGUUUGGCUUCAUCUUUGCCAGUUUGGCCGAGGUUGGCAAAGCAUAUGCCACUUUCUUCUGCAACGCGGCUAUUGCUUUAUUGGCUAUGGCGGUUCUCUUAUUCUCCAACUUCCCGCCUCCCGGAAGCACAUUGAUUGAGAAGCAUGAAGAGGAGGAUGAAGUUCAAAACGAGGGUAGCGAAGGCGAGCCUCUCCUGAACGACAGAGACUAA